CGGCGGCCAUUUCCGACGCGGCGGUGAAGGUUCGGGCGCGGCCGCAGCGCCCGGUUCUUGCCCGCCGGCCGGGCUUCGCCGCCCCCCGCCCGGCCCAGCGGUUCCCUCCGGCCUGCCGCCCGGUGCAGGUUCCCGUGCCCUGUGCUCUCCUGCCGGCCCGCUGUCCCCGGCACCAUGGUCGCCUGUACCAGGUUGAGUAUGCAAUGGAGGCCAUCGGGCAUGCAGGCACUUGCCUGGGAAUUCUAGCAAACGAUGGAGUUCUGCUGGCAGCAGAGCGGCGCAACAUUCACAAGCUUCUUGAUGAAGUGUUUUUCUCUGAGAAAAUAUACAAACUUAAUGAGGAUAUGGCGUGCAGUGUUGCAGGAAUAACUUCAGAUGCCAAUGUUCUAACAAAUGAGCUGAGACUGAUUGCACAGAGGUACUUGUUACAGUAUCAAGAGCCCAUUCCUUGUGAACAACUAGUAACAGCAUUAUGUGAUAUCAAGCAGGCUUAUACACAGUUUGGAGCCUUCUUUUCAACAGGAAAACGUCCUUUUGGUGUUUCAUUGCUCUAUAUUGGCUGGGAUAAGCAUUAUGGAUUUCAGCUGUAUCAAAGUGAUCCUAGUGGAAAUUAUGGAGGGUGGAAAGCCACAUGCAUUGGGAAUAAUAGCGCUGCAGCUGUGUCAAUGCUGAAGCAAGACUACAAAGAGGGGGAAAUGACCUUAAAGACUGCCCUGGCAUUGGCCAUUAAGGUUCUAAACAAAACCAUGGAUGUCAGCAAGCUCUCUGCUGAGAAAGUUGAAAUUGCAACACUGACAAGAGAGAACGGAAAGACAGUAAUAAGGGUUCUGAAGCAAAAGGAGGUGGAACAAUUGAUAAAACAACAUGAGGAGGAGGAAGCAAAAGCUGAACGUGAAAAGAAGGAGAAAGAACAAAAAGAGAAGGAUAAAUAGAAUAUGAAAUCAAGUGUUCUCUAGAUAAUAAAGGACCUGCUUCAGCAAAAGAUAAUCUGGAUUUCUAUGCUGUGGAAGCCUACAGCUAUGCCAUGUAGGACCCAGAGUACUUUUGAUGAACCAGGACCUUAGUCAUCAUUUAGAUAAUUAGUUUACUGCUCCUUACAUUGACCAAUAAUUGCUUUAAUUCUUGAACACUCUUUCUUUCAUCUUUUUUAUUAUGGAAUAAAAUUUAAGAAGAAUA